AUCGCCAACGAAUGAUGAAAUUUAUUUUUAACUAAAAAUUAGUUUUAUAAAAAAAAUAUAUAAAUUGAUUGAGAUUUUGAUAUAUUUAUACGUGAUAUUUUUAAUAAAGUGAUAGACUAUAAAUAUUUAUAUUUAAUAUAUAAUAUAAUUUAAAUAAUUUAAAAAUGGUGGAAGAUAAAGAUAAUAUUCAUGAAAGUGCUUUAUUAUUAAUUAAAAAUAUUAAAUAUGAGAAACUUACGGGUACAUAUAAUAUUGUUGUGGAAACAAUAAAAACACUUAAAGAAAUAAUAAGCAAUAAAGAAUGGAGGACCGCUAAAGAACUUAUGGACCUGAUAGUGUUCAACGGCAAAUAUAUUAUCAAUGCAGUACCACUGGAAGCAUCUAUAGGCAACAUGGUCCGAAGGAUACUCCAAAUUAUCCGCGAGGAAUACACGUCCGAGAUAAAAAACAAACCCGACGAAUCCGAUGGCCAGGAGUCGCUCCAUAAAAUUUUGACAUCCGGCGACCGCGAUAUUGAUUUCAAUACUCCGGUUCCUUCGCUAAAGUCUGCCUUGAUUGAUCACAUUAAUGAGUUUGAAGUCGAACUAGAGACCUGCUCAGAAAAUAUAACACAGCAAGCGUCAGAACAUAUACAUUCAAAUGAAAUAAUAAUGACACUGGGUAAAUCUAAAAUAGUUGAAGAAUUUUUUAAAAAAGCCGCGGAAACACGUGCGUUUGAAGUCAUUAUUGCUGAAGGCGCGCCAUUUUUAGGAGGACAUGAAAUGGCGGCAAAUUUGGCGAAGCAUAAAAUAAAAACGACAUUAAUAUCAGACGUCUCAAUAUUUGCAAUGAUGUCACGUGUUAAUAAAGUUAUUAUUGGCACCAACACUGUGAUGGCUAAUGGUGGAUUAAAAGCUAUCACGGGAUCACGUACAGUAGCGCAAGCAGCUAAACAUUACUCGGUACCAGUAAUGGUACUGCUGCCUCUGUAUAAAUUAUCACCUCGUUAUUUAUGUUCGUACGAGCAAGACGGUUUUAAUAAACACAUCGCUCCGAUUCAGGGUGUUAUUGAUGGCAAUAAUGCCCCAUUGAUGGAAAUAAUUCAAGCGCACAAUCCUGUUUACGACUAUGUACCUCCAGAACUUGUUAAUUUAUUUAUAACAAAUACGGGCGGAAAUGCACCAUCGUAUGUCUACCGUCUGUUAACGGAACUCUAUCACCCGGAUGAUUAUGAAUUAAAUUAAAUAAAAGUGUUAUUAUUAUUUAUAAAAAAUUUAAUAAAUUUUUAUUGACUUAGAAAAUUUA